AAGAUGCGAACUUCUUGGAAAUAUCAAAACUUCCUUUCUGUUUUGAAUUUUAAAAGUGAGACCGCAUCCUCUCUUUAUUGACAUGAUGUGGUAUUCUUUCUUUCAUCUUGUAUCUCUCUCUCCCUUUCGCUUGUGACAGAAUACCGCAUUAAAUAUUGUUUGUAUAUCUAAAACCUCGUGCCGGCUGCAAUUUUAAAACACGAUAUUUGCGAUUUCGUUUUUACAUUAAAUCAUGAAAGAAAAAACAAACAUAAGGCAAUUGUUUAGCUUGGCCGCUGAACGAAACACAUUUCUUAAGAUUUGUGCUCCGAUGGUAAGAUACAGCAAAUUAGAGUUUCGCAGCUUGGUGCGUACUUACGGAACCGAUCUAGCUUUUACCAGCAUGAUCAUGGCUGAUUCGUUUUGUAAGAGCGAAAAAGCCCGUCUUAAUGAAUUCACCACAAACGAAGACGACACACCGCUGAUAGCCCAAUUUGCUGCUAAUAACACGAUAGAUUUUCUGUCCGCUAGCGAGAUGGUUUACCCUUAUGUCGAUGGUGUUGAUCUCAACUGUGGAUGUCCACAACGCUGGGCGAUGGCCGAAGGGUACGGAAGUGCGCUGUUGAAAACUCCCGAGCUAAUUGCCGACAUGCUAGGCACGGUGCGCCGAAACAUGCCGAGCUCGUUUAGCGUUUCGGUAAAGGUACGGUUGCUUUCAAGCACGAGCCAUAAACAUACUGUCGAUAUGUGCCGUCAGCUGGAGUCGGCUGGUAUUACAUUCAUUACCGUGCACGGUCGAACAGCGGCCGAGAUGACGAAGGUACCGGUGCAUAGGGAAGCGCUGCUCGAAAUCAAACAAUCCCUUGCCAUCCCAAUGGUUGCCAAUGGUGAUAUCUUCACGCUGGACGAUGCAGAGCAAAUGUAUACACAAACAAAUUGCGACGGCGUCAUGACAGCGCGUGGCAUACUUAACAACCCGGCCCUAUUUUCGGGUCACAAAAGCACCCCGGUCGAGUGUGUAAAACGUUGGUUAAACAUUUGCCAGCAGGCCGAUACCGACAUCACGUACCAAUGCAUGCACCAUCACUUUUCGUUUAUGACCGAAUCGCUUCUUAACAAGCGGUUACGUUUGCAGCUAAAUAAUCUAUCCAAGGAAAAGCAAAACGUAUACGAAUUCAUUAGAACACAUUUGCCGCUAGAUAGUGUCACUGAUGAAGCAUUUAUGCAAGAUUACCCACAAAAGAUAAACUGUUCCUAUAACGAUCAAAUCUAUCGGCAAAGGGUAGCGGAACAUGGUGCAACGAGUGAUAGUGUUGUAGAUGGUUGUGUAUACGAUCCGGAAGAGUCGGAUGGUAACUUUUUUCGGAGCAAACGGGUGGAGCUGGACGAGUCUACGGAUGAUGUAGCAGAAGAUGUUGACGGAGUCAGCUUUAUGGAUGGUGGUAGUCUUUUGUUUGACGACUAAUACAACAAUAAACAAUACAUUUUGUUACUUAACUCUGUCCGCACAUACACUGUCAGUUAUAUCCGAAGAAAUCUUCAAGUCGUUCGUUUCCCUAACCGUCACUAAACGCUUAGUCGCGUUUGCGAACGCGCUUCAGAAAAAUUUUAAUCUUUUUUUUAA